UUAUGUUUUGGGCAAUGUUGUUUAUAAUGUCGGGGUGUUGUCAUGUAGAUGGUGUUACUUAUUUGGACUCAGAAUGUUCACAAGCUCAGAACUCAACUGGGAAUUCGGUCUAUCGAUCAAACCUCAAAUCUCUUUUGAAUUCGUUGGCUACGAACGCUCCUCUUCAAGAUGGUUUUUUCAAUACUAGUGUCGGGAAUGGUACAGACCGGGUGUACGGUCUAGCGUGGUGUCGAGCAGAUGCUUCUCCGGACACAUGCUCCAAGUGUCUGAACGGUCUUAUUAGCGCACCUCUAAGUGAUUGUCCCGAUAUUAAAGACUUGGUGACAUGGUCUAGUACGUGCAGUUUAAGGUUCUCAAAUGAGAGUUUCUUUGGCGAACUUUGGAACAGCUCAUCUUCAACUUAUGGCGGCAACAGUGGACUUGAUGACCCUGCUGUGUUUACAAGAAGGUUCUCGAUGAUGGAAACGCUAGUAAGAAAUGUUUCUAGUCAACCAUUGAUGUUCGCUACUGCUGUUAUCGAUGUUGGAGAUAACGGAGAGAGAUAUGGGUUGGGCCAGUGUAGUCGGGAUCUGAGCAAGUUGGAUUGUGAAAAUUGUUUGGAGGAGCUUCUAACAAGUUAUCAUGAUUUCGUGUUGAAUCGAACCGGGUGGGAGAUGGUGGGAGUGAGUUGUGGUAUGUGGUAUGAUGAUUUUCGGUUUUAUGACAAUAAUUCAUCAAGGCCGAAUCCGACCCCAAACACUUCAGGAGGAGAAACAUGGUAUAAAAAAGGAGACAUGAUCUUGGCUUUUGUAGCAAUUCUUGUGUUAUAUUGGAUUCCAUGAAUCAUGACUGAUUUAAUUAUUUAUAUAAUGUUGUGUUUGUAAAGCAAGUUAGCUUAUGUAAGUCGAACAAAAUAGUAUUUUGAACAAGUUAUAUGUUAAAUAAGUAUUGUUAAAAUAAAUGUACUUUUUUAGAUUUUUAAAA